CUUGUCAUAUGAGAAGAUAAAGGUAGUGAUUCCCGUAGAUUUGUGUCGUCUCGUCUGAAAGUCUGGGAACGAGAGUGGUUGCCGUGAGACUUGUGGGAAAAUGGCGGCGUCGGAAGCAGCAGCUAAAGUUCAGGAGGUUCGGGAAGUGACAAGAAUUGAGCGCAUUGGUGCUCAUUCCCACAUCCGUGGUCUGGGGUUGGAUGAUGCCUUGGAACCACGACAGGUGUCGCAGGGUAUGGUGGGCCAGUUGGCCGCACGCAGGGCAGCUGGGGUCAUUCUGGAAAUGAUCAAGGAAGGAAAGAUUGCUGGCCGUGCUUGCCUGAUUGGUGGACAGCCUGGAACAGGGAAGACAGCAAUUGCUAUGGGUAUGGCCCAAGCCCUGGGACAGGACACACCCUUCACAGCCAUGGCUGGCAGUGAGAUCUUCUCCCUGGAGAUGAGUAAGACAGAGGCCCUCACUCAGGCCUUCCGCAAGUCCAUCGGCAUCAGAAUCAAAGAGGAGACAGAAAUAAUUGAGGGAGAGGUGGUGGAGGUACAGAUUGACAGACCAGCAACAGGGACGGGAGCCAAGGUUGGAAAGUUGACCUUGAAAACCACAGAGAUGGAGACCAUCUAUGACCUUGGAACCAAGAUGAUUGAAUCUCUCACCAAGGAGAAAGUAGCAGCAGGUGACAUCAUCACUAUCGACAAAGCCACAGGAAAGAUCACCAAGCUGGGGCGUUCCUUCACACGAGCCAGGGACUAUGACGCCAUGGGCCCUCAGACCAAGUUUGUGCAGUGUCCCGAGGGAGAGCUUCAGAAGAGAAAAGAAGUGGUCCACACUGUUACUCUGCACGAGAUCGACGUCAUCAACAGUCGUACACAGGGCUUCCUCGCACUCUUCUCUGGUGACACUGGUGAAAUCAAAAGUGAAGUCAGGGAACAGAUAAAUGCCAAAGUGGCGGAGUGGCGAGAAGAGGGGAAGGCUGACAUCGUACCUGGGGUGUUGUUCAUAGACGAGGUCCACAUGUUAGAUAUCGAGUGUUUCUCCUUCCUGAACCGUGCGCUGGAGAAUGACAUGGCUCCCAUCCUCAUCAUGGCCACCAACAGGGGCAUCACCAGGAUCCGUGGCACCAACUACAAGUCUCCCCACGGGAUCCCCAUCGACCUGCUGGACAGGCUGCUCAUCGUGUCCACCUCACCGUACUCAGAGAAGGAGAUCAGACAGAUCCUCACCAUUAGGUGUGAGGAGGAGGAUGUGGAGAUGAGUGAUGAUGCCACCACCAUCCUCACCAAGAUCGGCAUGGAGACCUCCCUCCGUUACUCCAUCCAGCUCAUCACGGCAGCCAACCUGGUCUGUCGCAAGCGAAAGGGUACUGAAGUGAGUGUUGAUGACAUUAAGAGGGUGUACUCGUUAUUCCUGGAUGAGCUGCGCUCUACACAGUUCCUGAAGGAGUACCAACAGGAGUUCAUGUUUAAUGAGAUGACAGAAACAGAACAGAUGGAGACGUCCUAGUGCAGCCAGACUAGCCUGACUUGUGUCUGUGUUGGAAUGACUAUCACCAAUGGCCCACAAGACCAGGGAUAAGCACUGCACAGGGGAAAUGUUGAUAUGUGUCCUACCAGCUUUCCUGGAGCUGUUCCAUACAGCAUGUUAUUGGGGAAGAACCCACAUUUCCUUCUGUAUCUGAGAGUUUAUGUCCUUAGUAACCUUGCUUUAACCUUUCAAAAGUAUUUGAAAAAAGUUCUGUGCAAGCUGUAUGAUGCCACUAUAUGCCAUCAGACCUAAGGUACAAUGGUAGCUACCAGUAAGAUGUACAUGUAUGUAUGUAACCUAUACUUAGUAUAGUUAUCACAUAUAGAGAAUUAAAUAGUAACAGUUUCUAAACAGUGACUUUUGUUCAAAGCAACUCAUCCUAUUUUGUAGUUUUAUUUGUGUUUUUUUUUUACAUUUGUGUAUUGAAGAAUACAGAUGUUUUGUGUGGAUUGCAAAUAAGCAGAUAGGGGGAGAUAUGUUACAUGUAAGACUGUUUUAAAGGUGUCAUUUUCUAUAAAAAGUGAAAUUAUAUUUUGCCCUUGUGAAAUUGUGUUGAUUGGUCCUGUAGUUUAUGCACUGUAAAAUGAUAUUGAACUUGCUUAUGCAUCUACUCUUUGACUGUGAUUUGAUUUGAAACUACACACUUGUAAUGUAGGAACUCUAUUCCUGAAUUAUUUUGCCACUUGAGUAGCUAGCUUAUGACUUAUGUUUUGUUCAGCAGUGUACAAGUAUGCUAAUGUGUCGAUUUAUUUGGAGAGGGGUGAAAAAAAUAAAUCUGAUCCUAUCAUCAA